AUGGCAAUGGCAGAGGAACUUCUUGACUAUCAAUAUCUAAAGCGGCGACAACAACGCGUCGAGAAACUCUCGCGCAUGUCCGGUAGAAGAAGAAGUAUAUGUAAAAUUGAACCAUUUUUGGUAUCUAAGAGUCCCGAAGGCGCCUUGAAGAACGGAGAGUUGAUCCGAAAAAGUGACCAACUGAAAAAGAUGACUGGAGAUCGACCUUUCGCGUACGAAGUCGACGAUGAGACGAAAAAUGAGUGUUCUAUCAAGAUGAAUGUACUCAACAAGAAAUUCGGAGACUGCGAAAACCAAAUGAAUUCUAUCCUCCCUCUUAUCAUCGGGGUCUGUAACGAAGACGCAGCUAUAACUAGAGGAAAGCAACUCAGAACAUUGGACAAAGCAAGACAAAAGAUGGGUGAAAUGGACUGA